GCACAAACUCGUCUGCCUUCGAUCAGCUGGUCCUGACUCUGGCCUGGGACCGGGUGGACAUUGCCAAGAAUCAUGUGUUUGUGUACGGACAGCAGCUCAUGGUGAGCUCUCUGGAGCAGGCAAUGCUGGAUGCCCUCGUGAUGGACAGGGUGGACUUUGUUAAGUUGCUCAUAGAAAAUGGCGUGAGCAUGCAUCGUUUCCUGACUAUCAAUCGGCUAGAGGAGCUUUACAACACGAAACAGCAACCCAACAACCCCACUCUCCUCCACCUGGUUAGAGAUAUUAAACAGAGUCAUCUACCUCCAAACUAUAAGAUCACAUUGAUUGAUGUGGGCCUGGUUAUUGAGUACCUGAUGGGCGGGACUUACAGGUGCAACUACACCAGGAAGCGCUUCAGAAUCAUUUACAAUAAUCUACAUGGCAGCAAUAGGAGGUCGGGGCGCCACCCUGCAGGUCCUGGUUCUCAUUUGAGAAAAAAUAACGAGUCCUUCAGCAUGCAGGCUGACAAGAAGGAGAAGACGAGGCACAACCACUUCAUCAAAACUGCACAGCCAUACAAACCUAAGCUUGAGUCUUCCACCGAGCAGAACAAAAAGAGAAGCAAAGAAGAGAUCGUGGACAUAGACGACCCGGAGACGCGGCGGUUCCCCUACCCUUUCAAUGAGCUGCUGGUUUGGGCCGUGCUGAUGAAGAGGCAGAAAAUGUCGCUGUUCUUCUGGCAGCACGGCGAGGAGAACAUGGCGAAGGCGCUGGUGGCCUGCAAGCUCUCUCGAUCUAUGGGCUACGAGGCCAAGAAGAGCGACGUGGUGGACGACACCUCCGAGGAGCUCAAGGAGCACUCAAA